AUGUCAUUUGGAUCAUACAAGAAUAAAUUUUCAAAGUUUGUUGAUAAUACUAAAGAAGAUUUAGGUAUUCAAAAAAAACCACCACCAUCAUCCAAUCCACCACCAUCAUCUAAUCCACCACCAUUAUCUAAUCCACCACCUCCACAUCAUCCACCACAACAACAACAAUAUGGUUAUAAUAAUCAACAACAAUAUGAAAAUAGUCAACAAUAUGACUAUAAUAAUCAACAACAACAACAACAUCAACAAUAUGAGAAUAAUCAACAACAGCAACAACAACAACCAAAGUUUAGUUAUACUCCACAACCUCAACAACAAUAUGGUGGUAGUGAUGGCGUUUCUUUAAACAAAACUAGCCAAACACCAGUUUCAGCACCAAAUCAACCUAUUAGAAAAUUUGCACCACCAGUUGCAACAGCACCACAUCGUCCAGCACCACCAACAACCAUUAAUGACAGUGGGGUAAACUUACAAAAACAAUCAUCACAACCUCAACUACAACAACAGCCACAACAGCCACAGCAACCACCUCAAAAACAAUUUGCACCAAUGCAACCUAAGCGUCCUGCUCCACCAGUUAAUAGUUUACACCAGCAACCAUUACAACAACCAAUAAAUACAGCACCACAACAACCACGUCCAAUUUCACAUCAAGAGGUCCAAUACCAACCUUCAGUCCAGAAACCACAAGUAUCUUUAGAAAAGAGACCAGUACAAACUUAUGGAUCAACACCACAACAACCAUACCACCACCAACAACCACAAAUGGAUGGUGCUUCAACAAUUGCUUUGGAUAAAAAAUCAGAUAAAUCUUUUGAUAACCAAUUACCAGAGAGUUUGAAGAAACAUACAGAUUAUGCAAAAACAAAUACAAAUAUAGCAUUAACAUCUAUUGGUGUUCAAAUAGAUCAAGUUGUUAAAGCUAAACUUCCACCACUUUAUCUUUCAGAUCCAAUGUAUUUAGCAAAUAUGCAAUAUACCGAAAUCAUUUUAGAAAUUGAUGGGGUAUCAGUUAAACCAAUUAAUUAUGGUGAAAAAAUGGAGCCACUUUUAAAGAAUGAAAAAUUAAUAAUUUAUAAAACAUUAAUAGACGAUACAAUUAUUUUACAAUUAGGUCAUAUUUAUAUAUACACAAAUAUUAAAGAAAAGCCAUCAUUUAGAGCCUAUCCAUUCCAUUAUAUUAUUUCAGAUAAUUUCAAUAAUUUCUUUAUGGUUAAAAUUGAUAAGCAUAUAAAUGAAGAGGAGAUAAAUAAAUUAGAAGUUAUACUUAUGUAUUAUACAACCUAUUACAGAGUUCCACAAAAGAAAGAAGAGUACAAGGAUGAAACAGCUAAAAAGAUGGAAAAUGCAUCUGGUAAAGUAGAAAAAGCAAGUCAUACAAUUUCUAGAGGUUUGGUUUCAGGUGGUACAUACUUUGCCAAAGGUGCCUCAAAAGUUGGGGAAUUUUAUAAAAGUAACUCAAAGAAAUAUGAAGGUCCAGAGAUGACAGAGGAGCAAAGAAGAGAGCUUGAAGAUCCAAAUAGUAAAAUAAAUAAAGAGGGUAAAAACUCUGACAAGAUGGCUCAAGGUACUGCAUCUGCAACCAAAGCAAUAUCACAAGGUUUUGGAUGGGUUGGUUCAAAGAUUAGUCAAGGUGUACAUAGUACAGAUUGGUAUAAAGAACGUGAAGCUAAAAAGAAAGAAGAGGAACGUUUGAAUGGUAAAGAUGAGAAGAAAGAAGCAGGUAGCGGUAUGGCAAGUACAGGUGUAGGUGCAUUAAAGAAUAUUUGGGGUGGUUUAGAAGAAGGUGUUUUAAUUUCAGCAAGAGGUGUACGUGAUGCAUCAGUUGAUGCUAAAAGACACACUUCCGGUGACUUUGAAGCAGAAAAAUCAAGAAAGAAAUGGGACAGCGCUGGUAAUGCAACUAUUUCCGUAGUAAAUAUUGUAUCUUUAUUAAGUGUAACCUGGAUCAAAGGAGCAUUAUAUGUUGGUGCAGGUGCAAUUUCAUAUGAUGUAGAUCAAGUAUCUUUAUUUAAUACACCAAAUGCAUAUUGGAAAGCUGGCUGGGUAACUACUAGAUCAGAUCUUUUAGCAGGUUCAAAAUGGGCACCCAGAUGGGCAGUUCUACGUAAUUCAACAUUUGCUCUUUAUGCUACACCAAAUGAUCCACCUGCUAAACCAAUCCAUUAUGUAUAUUUAAAUAAAAUUAAAGGUGUUACCAAGAUUCCAAUAGAAAGAAGUCAUCGUGCCAACUGCUUUGACGUUGUUACUUCAGGUGGUGCAAUUUCUUUAUCCACUUUAACCGAAACUGUAGAUUUCUCUGAAGAAUCUUAUACUCCAAAUCCUGAAGAUGAAGUUAUUCAAUGGACAAAUUCAAUUUUAUGUGUUUCUACUUUUAUUGGUGAUUUAGCUGAUGAUAAUAACAAAUAA